AUGAGCGGCUCUACUCAUGCUGACUAUGUGAUCGUCGGAUCGGGCGUGAAUGGCACAUCGAUCGCGUCGUACCUAUCCACGAUUCUGCCGUCGUCGCGCAUCUGCAUCCUGGACCGCUCGUCGGACGGCUUCGUUUCUACCGACGGUGCAUCGCACGACCUCAACAAGAUCAUCCGUGCCGACUAUACGGAUUCCAACUACUGUACUUUGGCGAAAGAGGCCAUCUCUCGCUGGCGAUCGCAUCCGGUGCUCUCGCGCUUCUACCACGAAGUGGGCGUCUUGUUCCGGUCGAGUGACAAAGGACGCAUCUUUGGCGGUAGUGGAAGCGCCGACGAGUACGUCGAGGCUGGAAUCAGGCAUGCUUGGGAGAACAAGGAUGCGCAUCUCGAGGUGGCACCUCCGGGAGCCACGUUGCCGCCGAGAGCGUUCAAAUUGGACAAUGAUGAAAAAGUGCAACGCAUCUUCCGCGGUGUAGAUCAGACCAGGUUGGGCGACGGGCUCAAGGGGAUGGGCAAGACACAGACCGGCUACUUCAACCCGCGCGGUGGGUGGGCUGAGGCGAACAAUGCAUGUCGCGCUCUGUUGCAGCAUGCGAUCGAGAAGGGUGUGCAAGUGUACUCGAACGCGCUCGUCACGUCGCUGCUCAUGGAAGAGCAGAAGGUGGUUGGAGUACAGACCAACGAUGGACGAAAGUUUUUCGCGCAACACAUCAUCCUGGCGUGCGGUGCGUGGACGUCGGAUCUGCUGACCACGCUUGCGCAGCCGCUGGUUUCCAGCAACACGAGUGCGAGCCUUGAAAAGUGGAUGACUCGUCCAUCGGCGCAGUGCGUAGCCAUCCUGCGUUUGACCGACGACGAAGCACGUGCGCUGCAAAACACGCCGGUGGUGAUCAACUUUUCUUCGGGCUUCUACCAGUUCGAACCGGUGUUCAAGGAUGGGCAAUGGCAGCUCAAGAUCGCGUAUCAUUCCAACGGGUAUCUGUACCCUAAGCCUCGGCAGCGCGAGAGCAAGCGUGGCUACCCGCGGUUUGAAGAUUCGAAACUUGAGCAUGCCGCAGUGGCUGUCGAGUCGAGAGAGCUCGGUGCUGAGCGCAUUCGGUCGGACGACGUCGGAUACAACAUGGCCGAAACCACGAUCCCGUCUGACCAAGUCGAAUGUAUGCUCUCUGAGCUCUCGCAGAUCUACCCGUCGAUUGCUACCAAAGAGCGCGUGAUGCAGACGCGGGUUUGCUGGUACAGCGAUACGCUCGACGAAAACUGGAUCCUCGAUACGCUCAACCACCAUCCGGCGAUCGGCUCGCACAACGCCCAUGUGGCCAACAAUGUGUGGGUCGUCAGUGGCGACUCGGGACAUGCGUACAAAUUCCUGCCCAUCAUAGGCGAGCUCUUCGCAACAGUCAAAGGCUUGGUCGACAACAAAAGACACCUCGACCUCUCCAAAUUCAGCUUCCAACACCAACACCAUCUGCACACCAUCAAGAAACACGGCGCCAGUAUCCAGAGUGCCGACAGCAACCGCUUCGAUCCCACCAAGCACCACCAGCCCAAUCAUCGCGCUAGACUCUGA